ACAGAAUCAAAAUGCUGGUCAACUGGAGAAUAUUUGCAGUGAGCCAUCAGAAAAUAUCCAGUUUACACAUUAAUACUAUGUGCUACUGUAAAAGAAGAGCAAGUUUAAAAAGACUAAAGCACCAUUUGCCUCUUGGGAGAAAUUAUAGUUCCCUGCCAGGCAUAAUAGGAAAUGAGAUCAAAUCCCUCCAUUCCAUCAUCAACCCUCCUAUUGCUAAAAUUCGCAAUAUUGGAAUUAUGGCUCAUAUUGAUGCAGGCAAAACUACCACGACAGAAAGAAUAUUAUACUAUUCUGGAUACACAAGAUCACUAGGAGACGUUGAUGAUGGAGACACAGUGACAGAUUUUAUGGCUCAAGAGAGAGAAAGAGGAAUUACUAUUCAAUCAGCUGCUGUUACAUUUGAUUGGAAAGGAUAUAGACUCAAUCUAAUUGAUACACCAGGUCAUGUGGAUUUUACCUUGGAAGUUGAGCGCUGCCUGAGAGUAUUGGAUGGUGCAGUUGCUGUAUUUGAUGCUUCUGCUGGUGUGGAGGCCCAGACUCUCACAGUAUGGCGGCAAGCUGAUAAAUACAGUGUUCCUCGAAUCUGCUUUUUAAACAAGAUGGACAAAACUGGAGCAAGUUUUAACUAUGCAGUUGAAAGCAUCAGAGAGAAGUUGAAGGCAAAGCCUUUACUUUUACAGUUACCAAUUGGUGAAGCCAAAACUUUCAGAGGAUUGGUAGAUGUAGUAACAAAAGAAAAGCUACUUUGGAAUCCUAAUUCAGAGGAUGGAAAAGACUUUGAAAGAAUAUCGCUCUUGGAAUUGAGUGAUCCUGAGUUGCUGAAGGAGACAACUGAAGCAAGAAAUGCCUUAAUUGAGCAAGUGGCAGAUUUGGAUGAUGAAUUCGCUGAGUUGGUUUUAGGAGAAUUUAGUGAAAAUUUUGAUUUACUGCCAGUUGAAAAGCUACAGACUGCAAUACACAGAGUAACCACGGCUCAGACUGCAGUGCCCGUGCUUUGUGGAAGUGCCCUGAAAAACAAAGGAAUACAGCCCUUGUUAGAUGCCAUUACUAUGUACUUGCCUUCACCUGAAGAACGCAACUAUGAGUUUCUGCAGUGGUAUAAGGAUGACUUAUGUGCACUGGCAUUUAAAGUUCUUCAUGACAAGCAGCGAGGACCAUUGGUGUUUAUGCGUAUUUACUCAGGCACAAUGAAACCUCAGUUAGCUGUCCAUAACAUUAAUGGAAACUGCACGGAGAGAAUAAGUCGUCUGCUUUUGCCGUUUGCUGACCAACAUGUUGAAAUUCCAUCACUGACUGCUGGCAAUAUUGCCUUGACUGUUGGGCUUAAAAAUACUGCAACUGGAGAUACCCUUGUGGCAUCCAAGUCCUCUGCAUUAGCUGCAGCUCAUCGAGCCAAAAGGGAGGGGGAUAAGAAACACAGACGAAGUAAUGGAGCAGAGAGACUUUUAUUGGCUGGUGUAGACAUUCCAGAGCCCGUUUUCUUCUGCACCAUAGAACCCCCUUCAAUGGCUAAGCAACCAGAUUUGGAUCAUGCACUGAAGUGCCUUCAGCGUGAAGAUCCCAGUCUGAAAGUGAAGCUGGAUCCUGACUCUGGACAAACUAUCCUCUGUGGUAUGGGGGAGUUACACAUUGAGAUCAUUCAUGAUCGAAUCAAGAGGGAAUAUGGACUUGAGACCUAUCUAGGGCCUCUCCAGGUGGCUUACCGAGAGACCAUCCUAAACACAGUUCAUGCCACAGAUACCUUGGAUAGAACUUUAGGAGAUAAACGGCAUCUUGUAACUGUAGAACUAGAAGCCAGUCCUGUUGGAACAUCAUCUGUUAUGCCAGUUAUUGAGUAUGCUGAAAAUAUUACUGAAGAUCUGUUGAAAAUCUCCCAGGAUCCCGUUGAAAAUGGAAUUCAUAGUGCAUGCCUCCAAGGACCAUUGCUUGGAUUCCCAGUUCAAGAUGUAGCAAUUACUUUACAUUCACUGAUAGUUCAUCCUGGAACCUCAACAACUAUGAUUUCUGCCUGUGUUUCAAGAUGCGUACAGAAGGCUCUGAAGAAGGCAGAUAAGCAAAUUUUAGAGCCUCUGAUGAAUCUCGAGGUUACAGUGACUAGAGAUUACCUCAGCCCUGUCCUGGCAGAUCUCGCACAACGAAGAGGGAACAUUCAGGAAAUCCAGUCUCGCCAGGACAACAGAGUUGUUAUUGGAUUUGUUCCCUUAGCAGAAAUUAUGGGUUAUUCGACGGUGCUCCGAACACUAACAUCAGGCUCAGCUACUUUUGCCUUAGAACUAUCUCAUUAUCAAGCCAUGAAUCCUCAGGACCAGCAUAUACUGCUCAGCCGGAGAAGUGGCUUGGCCUAA